AUGUCUGACGAGGUGAUUUGGCAGGUCAUAAACCAGCAGUUCUGUGCAUUUAAAAUCAAAACAACAAAGGAACAGAACUUUUGCAGGAAUGAGUACAAUGUCAGUGGUUUCUGCUCUCGCCAAUCUUGUCCUUUGGCAAACUCGAGGUAUGCAACUGUGAAAAGUGUAAAUGGAAGAUUAUAUUUAUACAUGAAAACAGCAGAGAGGGCACACAUGCCAUCUAGAUUAUGGGAAAGGAUCAGGUUAUCAAAAAAUUAUGCGAAGGCGUUGGAGCAGAUUGACAGCAGAUUACAGUAUUGGCAGAAAUUCUUGAUUCAUAAGUGUAAGCAGAGGUUGACAAGAUUGACUCAAGUUGCUAUCACUGAAAGAAGAUUAUCAUUGAAAGAAGAUGAAAGGCAUUACGUAGGUGUGAAGCAUAAGGUCAAAAGGAGAGAACAAAAUAGAGAAAGAAAGGCUUUGGCUGCAGCUAGGAUAGAAAAGGCAAUAGAAAAGGAAUUACUAGAGAGGUUGAAGAGCGGAGCAUAUGGAGACAAGCCACUCAACGUCGAUGAUAGUAUUUGGAAGAAGGUGUUAGGAAAGAUUGGUUCUGAGGAUGUGGAUGAAGAUGAAGAUGAAGAUGAAGAAAUUGAAGAAAGUGAGGAUGAAAGCGAUUUUGAUCAAGUUGAGUAUGUUGAAGAUGAUGGCGAUGAUGAGCUCGUUGAUUUGGAAGAACUCGAGAAAUGGCUCGAUGACUCGUCUGCUGAGGAGCCUGAUAGUGAGGUAUCAGACGAUGAAGAAGAUGACGUAACUGCUACGCCUAAUGAUAGUCCAAAUACAGGGAAGCGUGCUGUUGAUUCAAAUAAUGCAUCGGCUAAGAAGCGUAGAAGACCUAGGGUUGAAAUUGAGUACGAGCAAGAGCAUGAACCAAUUCAAACAAAUAUUGUCGAAAAUUGA